UGACAGUGUAACUUGUUGUGUACCAGAUAAACACCCACCAGCUCAUGAAGCUCAAUCUUCACUUAUGUGAAAUACGGAAGACAGACACUGCCGAUAUUUUCAGAGAAUCGUUCCAUCACUUCAGAUGGCCAGCGCACAUAUUGAGAUGGAUGUUCAGCAUCACGAGGAUUCUGCAGACGGCAGACGUUCAGAUCACCAGCCGUUGGUGAAGUAUUAUCGCGCCAGUGAACCUCUACCUGGAAUCAAACCGGUUCUGCACAACUUUCUGAAGAAGGGACCGGCGAGCUGUGCCGCUGUUCAGGCCUCCAGUGGAAUCUUGAGUGUGGGAAUAGGAGUCGUGUUUGCAGCGUCUGUUGAAAUGCAUUCUAUCUUUCUGACUUUAUUCAGAGUUCCCAUCGUUACUGGAAUACUGUUUAUUUUUACAGGAAUCUUGUGUAAUGUUCUGUACCGCCACCCAGAACUUCUAAAAACGUGUUUCGUCGCCAAUAUUGGAUGUUUGAUUGUUUCUGCGGUUGGAGUGAUCCUGUUAUCUAUUGAUCUUGGUACAAACAGCUCAUAUGAAAUUCAUUAUAAGAUGGAGGUCAUGGUGUUGUGUGUGACGCUGAUGGACAUGAUCAUCGCUGCGGUUCUGAUUUUGCUCAUUCACAGAGAGAAACAGAAUCAGAAACAUUGAUCAUUGACCUUCAAUCAUUCUGUCAAUCAUUCAGCCGUUCCUGGAGAUAUCUGCAUCAUCUUCUGUGAUUUCUAAAUAUGUCCAACGCUUGCUCACGGAAGGUUUUCUGUCAGAUCUUAAUAGAAUUAAAGAAGUAAAAAAGCAGAAGUGCAGUGUGUGUGACAAUAGAUGCUGGAACAAUCAUGAUCAAUUCCUCCUCUUAAGCUUUUUCUGACUAAAUCGGAACAGAAGUUCUGUUCUGAGAACAUCUAAAAGAACAUUUCAGCGUAAUGACUGAAGAACUGAAGAUGAGAAACUUUUACCAUUCAAACAAGAUUCUUAGGAAUAUCAAAAGCAUUGAUCAGUAAUAUUGAUCAAUAAAUUGUUUUUUUUGUGACUUGUGUUUACUUGUUGUGUUAAAUAGUGCCUGAGACCCAAUAUUUUCAGCUUGCAGCUAUAAUGGUUUUAUUAAAUGUAGGUUUGUCCACUUGCAUAUUUUGUGUAACGUUUUGAUGUAACGUUUUGCAUUGCACUGAAAUAUUCUGUAUAAAUAUGUUUUUAUUUUAGUAUACAUCUGUUUAUUCAUUUAUUAAUAAUGUUUAUUAUUUUACAGUAUUAAUGUAUUGAGGACGCCUGAUAUAAAUGUCUUAGAUGUCAGAAUUCACCCGCAGUUUAUUUUUUUCAAUUGUCAAUAAAAAAUGAAAUUU